AAACAUUUGAUUUAUUAAUAUAUUCAGUUUUGCUGAUUUUUAUUUUUAUUUUAUGAAUAAAUGUGCAUAAUACAGUAGUCCCAUGUUCUCCAUUGGGUACAGAGGAGCAGUGACGUGUGGAGGUCGGACUUCAGACUUCUUCAUGGAAAAGUCACAGCUUUUCCUUAAAAUACCUCCAGCAAGCCUCUCAAACACAAGUGCAGUGAAGAAAAGGAUUUCUUCCACAUUUUAAGAGCUGCAACUAUCUCAUUUCCUUACAAAACACAGACAAAACCAGGCAGGGAUCUGAUUAAAAGACAGCAAUGUUACCAUCAACUCGAUGGCAUGAUCAAAAAGAAGAAUUAGAAACAACCAAGGAAGAAAUAACUGCAUCCAGUUCCUCCACCGAACCCCAAACACUAGGGUUUGAAUGGGAUCAUUUUAAGAAGGAUUAUGUUGAGAAUCCUACUGAGACAGACAUCGUGGCAUCAAGUGAAGCUGCUAUGCUUCUGACUAAUGAUGAUGAAGAAGGUUUAUUGGACUGGUGGAGAAAUGUGGACGGUUGGAAUGAAUGGAAUGCGGCAACAAACUUUGUGGGAGAUGCUGCUGAGCAAGCCAUAGAAGCCGCUGCUGAUCGUGUCUACAAAGCUGCCCGUCUCUUCGUUUAUUUAUUCAAAAAGCGAGAGGCAUCCUUGUAUAUGCGAGUCGUUGAGUUGCUGGCAGCUGCUGAUGCUGCCGACAACUUCCAUAAGAAAACCGUUACUGCUAGCAUUGGAGGAGGAGUGGCUAGCAUUGCCGGUGGCAUAACCACAAUCACAGGACUUGCACUGGCACCUAUCACUUUCGGUUCAUCGCUUAUUGUAUCAGCAGUGGGCAUUAGCAUGGCAACAGCGGGGGGUCUUACGACAGCAUCUGCCAACAUCACAGACACAGUGCACUCAAGGACAGAUCGGGCCAAAGUGGAGCAGAUCAUCCUCGCCUACCAGGAGGAGAUAAAGGACAUUAGAGAAUGCCUUGAAUUCUUGCAGACAGGUAUGGAGACUCUGGAAGAGUGCAGCUUCCAGGAGUACAUGGAAAGCAUCUCUAAGCGCGCUAUGAACAGGAAUGUGAAGCAUGUGAUGAAGGAGACUGGCCGUGCUGGCAAAGCAUUACUUAUCAGUGCUGAGAGCCUGGCAAGCACUGUGCAAGUGCUCACUACUGCUGGUGGGGUUGCCAAAGUUACUCAGGUCCUCAGUGUCACUGGGGGUGUCAUGUCCGGCCUAUUCCUCGCCCUUGAUGUUUUCUUUUUAGCCAGGGACUCUAGGGAUCUGCACAAAGGGGCCAAGACAAAGUUUGCAGCCAAAAUUAGGGACGUGUGCAAAGAGCUGCUGGAUGGCCUUAUUGAGCUAAAGAGGAUUAAAGAAGAGCUGCAGGCCAUUAUGAGUAAUGCAGAGGAAGAGGAGCAAGAAGAAGAGGAAGAUGUUGAAGAUGAAGAAGAGGAUAGCAAGAAACAAAUUCAAUAAUGACUAAUGAGCACAGAAGUGCAGCGGGUAAUGAAAUAAAGAACAAGUUUCGAUUCUUACUAUUAAUUAAUACGUAUCGGAGAGGGGGGGAGGGGGGAUGGAAAACUGUAAAGCACAGACAACUUUAGGUACUGUUUGUUAAGUAUCAGACAAAUACUAAACUAAUUUAUUUCUUCUAAAGUCAAAUACUUUGUUGCUGCUGAAGUGGCUAAUGUAUGUUUUAGGGCAAAAAUGUUGUCAAUGGUCUGUUACAUUAAAUGUAGCAAAACCACA